AUGUCCGACAUUAACAUGCCUGAUAUCAACAUGCCUGUCACUGACACUGACGGUGCCCCUCCCCAUGAGAUGACUCUGGCGGAGGUUGAUGAGGCUUCAGUUGUCGAUGUCGGCUUGAAUGAAACCCCGCAGGAAGAUGAACCUGAUGAUAUUCCUGAGCUUCCUGAAGUGCGUCGCGCCAAGGUCGAUAUCCAGGACCGUUAUCUCGCCCUGCACUUGCCCCCCAUGUACACACUCGAAGAGAUCUUCAACGACCUCGCUGCCAAGGCCCUGUCCUUGGGCUUCGGUGACGUCGUGAAACGCGUCGGAGAUCGACCCCUCAGAAUCGCUACCGUCUGCUCUGGUACUGAAAGUCCUAUUCUUGCAAUGGAGAUGUUCCUGAAAGGACUGAGCGCAGACCAGAGAAUCAGAUUCUCACACGUCUUCAGUUGUGAGAUUGUUCCGUUCAAACAAGCAUACAUUGAACGGAACUUCCAGCCCCCCAUUUUGUUCCGUGAUCUGCUGGAACUCGGAAAAGACCAGGCCCGAACGGCCUAUGGGUCACUGGAAUCAGUCCCCGGUGACCUCGACAUCCUAAUCGCUGGGACCGCUUGCGUCGAUUUUUCAUCGAUGAACAACAAGCGGAAGCUGCUGAGUGAAGAAGGCGAGUCAAGCAGCACCUUCAACGCCCUGCUUCGGUACGCACGAAAGUACCGUCCCCGAUUGGUUGUCAUGGAGAACGUCAGCAAAGCUCCCUGGGAGAAUUUUAUCGAAGUUUGGGCUGAGAUCGACUAUCACGCUGCCCACGUGAAUCUCGACUCAAAACACUAUUAUAUCCCUCAGACCCGUACGAGAGGAUAUUUGAUCGCGAUCGACAAGCACCGUCUGGAUGGCGCGUCCACCGGUGGGGCAACUGAUAUCAGCUUGGAUGAGCUUGGUUCUUCGUUUAAGAACCUCAUGAAAAAAUUCGCUCGCCAGGCCAGUUCGCCCGCCGGUAUGUUCCUACUGCCCGAGAAUGAUCGUCGCCUUGAGCAGAUCCACAAGGAUCUUGCCACCCGUCUUGAAGCCAACUCAAGUCGGCCCGAGGUCAGCUGGGACAGAUACCAGAUUCGGCACGCGGAAUUCCGCGUCCAGGCGGAGAUCGGUGAUCAACGGCCCAUUAGUAGAUCCCAGGCAGGGAUUUUGGGAGUACAACCGCCAGAUUUUUAUUGGCGCUCUUGGUUCAACUCACAAGUCGAACGCGUGUGGGAAACCGUCGAUAUGAAGUUUCUUGAAUGCAUCACGCGGGGCAUCGACUUCAACCAUAAAGAGCGCUGGAUCGAUCUAUCCCAGGGUGUAGAUCGCGGUAACGAAAGUUCCGGCUCAUCCGGGGUCGUUGGCUGCCUCACGCCAUGUGGCAUGCCGUUUGUGACUUCGCGAGGUGGUCCGUUGUCUGGUCUAGAGGCGCUUUCCCUUCAGGGACUUCCGCUAGACCGGAUCAUCCUCACCAGCGAGUCGCAGAGAGACCUGCAAGACCUGGCCGGCAACGCAAUGACAUCGACCGCAGUCUGUGCGACGAUGAUUACCGCCCUCAUCCUAGGGAAUGGCUUGUUGGAGGAAGGUACAGCCCGCUUGAACGAGGCACAUGUCCUUGCCGAGGAAAAUUCGGCCCAGUUUGCAGCCGUGGAGGAGGAUGGCAACAUCCUUGUCCCGAUCGACAUUGAGGACUCGCCCAAGUCCUUCAACCCACAUGACCGGCUUUUGCAGGAAGGGGCUAGUAGUGCCCAGUACUGCAUCUGCGAAGGCCAGUCUGUGGUCAAGCAAAACCUUGUCGAGUGCAAUCUGUGUGGGCAUCGUGCGUGCAGUUCCUGCGCUGGUAACCCGACACACGCCUAUCGAUCCCUGGCGGAUCCCAAUUUCCAGCGAGGUUCACCUCUGGACUUCAUCGCUUUCCUCAAGGGUGUUCUGCCCAUGAGACUCAUGCUGUCCGGUCUGUCGGUAUCAGACUUUGACAAUUUGUUCGCCAGCUUCCCAGCUGACCACUCACCAACGCCUCAGUCCCCCCAAGAUUCCCCGAUAUCCGUUCAUGAUGAGACUGAAGGGAACCUGAGUGCUGCGGCGGUGGGAAGUGAUGGCUCGUAUGCUGGCAGUCCAGGUGGCGAUAACACCACCACCGCUCAGAUCGGCGCAGACCUCGCCCGACAGGACCUCGUUGAGGCCGUCCGGUCUGCACUCGCCGAAGAUGUCCGUUUCUACGACAUCGAGCGGUCCGACAUCUGGACCGUCAUCUACGAAGGCGACCACUCCAGCAUGCAGUUGCAGAUUCGCCCUGAUGGAAUCCAGUGGCUGUACUUCGCGAGAGCUCCACGACGUUCUCCGGCACAGUGCCUCGUGAGAGAGAUUUUCGCUAAACCGAUUGCCCGCCUGACCCCGACUUCGGGCACCCUCCUACAUGGUUCGUGGGAAAUUGCUGCUCCCUUGAGUACGCGGAUCUCGUUACAGUUCUCCGGUAUUGGAGAACAAGUUCUGGCGUACCAAGCAGCAAUCGGCAUUCUCAAAUGGCCGAUCCCCAACAUGCAGGUGUGGUCCCAGGUCCAGGUUAGUGGCGACGAUUGUGAUGUGGACAACCUUGACGCAGAUGUUCGUGGUGUGUACACCCACCUCCCAGACUGUGGAACGGCGCUUGCGUCGUUGUACAAGAAGGAGGUCCCCGCGAACGGCCGAACCGUCUACCUCUUCCUCGACCCUGCUAAGAUUGGCCUCCCUGAACAAGACUCGUGCGUAUUUUCGUUCGAGCACAGCCGUCUCAGCGGGUACUCGAGGCGCAUCACCAUCGCCGAACUAUCCCACCAAUGGCGAGCAACGGAUGUUACAGAGACGCCGAAAAAGGUCAAUGCCUUCCACCCACGCUGGUAUCAAGCCCCAGCUGCGAUAACCCUGCAGCCCUUCGCGGCUGCCCCAACCGUCUAUCGCAGUCUGCAGCCUGGCUAUACCGUGCGCGUCGGGGGCAACGACUGCCACCAAUCGUACACUUCGCUGGUCUCACUUGAAGCGCCAGCAAAGUGUCUCAAUCUCUCACAGGCACUGUUGCCUACACUUGCACCACCAACAUCCUCUGCUUCUUGGCAAGCAGUGGCUCUCGAGAAGUCGUCAUCUGAAAUGCGGGACGUCGCUUGGGCGGUUCAGAAAAUCGCCAGCCGAACGGAGUUCCCGGAAUGGAACAUGAUCACCGUCGGCGUAGAACGCGCAAGCGACGACGACACGUUCUGUCACAUUUGCGACCCUCCAGUACCUGGUAUUGUCUGGGGCCGCGAUAAGGAGGGACGUGUCAUCCCGUAUGAGGAUCCGCGAGGCGCAGCAACUUACGAGCGCGCCGCCAAAUCCAAGCCAGCCCCAUUCGUUCUCUUGCGACGAGUUGAUGACGCCGGAAACGCCGCAUUGCGUUUCGCUUUGAACAUCCAGUCACUGGCACACCAAGCCUAUGGCCGGCUUGUUAACCGCGUCAAUCACUCUAGAAUUGAGUUCCAAUGGCGGCUGCUCGGCAAUACGAACGACUGGGGAAGAACCAGUCACCCGAGAUUCACUUUGCUUGACAACCUGCAAGAUGACGCCUAUCACCAGCCACCGAAUUUCAAGCUAGCGCUACGGCCGGAACAGCUUCGAUCUCUGACCUGGAUGGUUAAUCAGGAGGCCGAAACAAUUUCGCCGUUUGUGGAGGAGGAGACGGAAGAGGCGCUUUUGCCUUUGAUGUCAUGGCGAGCCGAGGUCAAAGUCACCAUGCCCAGAGUGGUGCGAGGCGGCGUCCUGUGUGACGAAGUUGGGUAUGGCAAAACGGCAAUCAUCCUUGGAUUGAUUGACGCCCAAUAUCAACAGGACUGCAACCGUCUGCAGCAAACCCCUCAAGUACCUGGGCAGAUUGCGAUCAAGGCCACCCUCCUCGUGGUCCCACACAAUGUUUUCAAACAGUGGGCCGAGGAAAUUCAGAAGUUCCUUGCAAGCAGGUAUAAACUCCUGCGCAUCUCAAAUGCCAAGGCGCUCAGCAAGAUUUCGGUGAAGCAAAUGCGCGAAGCAGAUAUCAUCCUUAUUCCAUGGUCAUUGUACAACAGUCCGGCCUACUACCAGAUCAUGCGGUACUUUACUGGCGCCCCCAAAGUACCUCAGAAGGCAGGCCGAAGCUUUGACAGUUGGUUUAAGGAUGCCAAUAAAUCUCUUCGCCAGGUGGUGCAAGUGUUGCAGGAAGAGGGACCCGAAGGGUUUUUGAAGGAUGUAUGGGCUCGGCGGUCGGAGUUGCAUCGGACACAGGCAAACUCAACAUAUGUGCCUUCUCGUCGUCUGCGUGGUGCUGUCUUUGUUGCUGCUCAGGCAAAGGCACGCGCUGCCACCGAGAAUGGUACUUCUGAGAUUGACGCUUUUGGUCAGUCUCCAGAGUUUUCCAACGCCUCUGUCAGCGAAACUCCGGGCCGUGUUGGCCCUUGCCCAUCUCCUGGAAACCCUUCGGCUGGUCCCUCCCUGCAAAACGCCGAGGAUGUCAGUUCUCUAGCAGGCUCGCCUGCCCAGCAAGCAGUCGCUCCGGAUGAUGAUUCAUCUGAUGAAAGCGACAAUAAUCCAAACUUGCCAGCGGAAGAGGAAGAUAACGACACCGAAAAGCUGGCUCGCAAGAAAGCCAAGGGUGCUCGUUCCUCAGAACCCCGCGACAAAAAGAAGGGGACUUGGGAUGACCGAAAGGCGUUCAAUAUCCCAGCUCCGUCGGGCAAGCGCGAUGCCUCGCUGGAGAACAUGACAUACCUCCCACUACACGCUUACAGCUUCAACCGCAUAGUGGUUGAUGAGUACACCUACACCCGCGAAGAGCGAAACCUAGCCAUCCUCUCGCUCAUCUCCCGUUCCAAAUGGAUUCUCUCAGGUACCCCCGCGCUGGACGAGUUCGCCGACGUCAAGGAUAUCGCACGUCACCUGGGCAUCCACCUGGGUAUUGACAAUGACGGCGAUAUUCCGACUUCCAACAUGCGACUGAAGGGAGCUCGUCGAAACCAGACCGCGUUGGAAGCCUUUGAGAUGCACCAACCCCCUCGCAGCAUGUCCUGGUAUGACAAUCGCCGGACCCAUGCGCAGUCCUUCCUGGAUCGCUUCGCUCGUCAGAACAGAGUGGACAUCAGCAAGUUGCCCAUGAAAUCUCACCUCGUCGUGUCUGAUCUCUUCCCCAAGGAGGAGACAAUUUACCAGGCACUUUACUCGCGACUUGUCGCAGACGAGGGUCGAGUCCGCAAGAUCACCGGGUCGGAUCCCAACGCCUUGAACACGACGCUAAACGUGUUCCUGACAAAGUCCCAGUCAGCCGCCGAAGCCCUCCUGAGAUGCGCCACGACGGCAGGGAUGAUCCGGUAUCCCUGGAACGUCGAAAACUGUCAAAAACGCAUCGACGUUCGGCAAAAGCUGUUCGAUGAGCGCUGGCUUAAGCUGAGACCAUUGUUGCAAAUGGCGUACCUGGCGCUGGAGCUCGCAGAGCGAAGCGACAAGACUUGGGAGACCCUGCUGGAUGACGAGGACUGCGAGUACGAGUGCAGCCAUAUGCACUUCGUGGACAGAGUGGGAGAUGGUGAGACCUCACCAAUGGUUCGAGCUCUCCUGGUGGAAAUCUGGGAUAGAGCCGACCAGUGGUCUCAGGGUGUUAUUUACGACAGGCUCAAGGAGAAUGUGGAAGAGAGAUUCCACAGGGCCAGACCGACCAAGGCCCAGGAGACCCAGUUGAAGAAGGUAUAUACCGAUGAAUCCGCCGAAUCACAGUCAUCUUCGGAUAACACAGAGUCCGGCAAGAAGAAGAAGGCCCCCACAACGCGCAAGUUCACCUUUCUCUCUGAUGAGGAUGAGGGCUACCAGGCCAAGCUCAGAGUCUGGAAGUCCGAAGCCGUUCUGGAGAAGGGCCUCGUCUGCGAAAUUUUCAAGAUGAUCGAACAGGUCGUCGAAUGCAGACGAGAAAUCCGGUUCUUCACCGUCAUGCAGAGCCUGCAAACAGAGCAGUCUUACAGCUGCGACAAGUGCCUAGAUUCGGUGGAUUCUAUGGGUAGAGACGGCUUGACAGUCGUUCGCACCUGCGGACACCGUCUCUGCCAGGACUGCAUGACGCCGUUGAAUGAACUGGCAGACAAGGAACCUGUCUGCGUGGUGGACCAAUGCCUCGCCUCUGCUUGCAUUUCAAAGCAAGUCAGUGGGCGAUCCGUGGAGGAUACCAGUGCUGUCCAACAGAGCAGUAAGCUCGACAGCAUGGUCGACAUCAUCAAGAACAUCCCAGCUGGCGAGAAGGCUUUGCUGUUUAUUCAGUUCGAAGAUGCCAUAACCUACGCCUCCCGUGCCCUCGAUGCUGCGGGCAUUCAGCACUGUGUGGCCAAGUCCGGAAAGGCGACGGCCAUCACAGACUUUGUUAGUCAAAAGGCAAAGUCCCUGCCGCAGCAGCACGAGGAGAGCACGGCGACGGUCGAAGGGGGAGAACUGAACCUGGAUGACCAGGAGAAUGGCGGUCAAAAAAAGAGGAAGAGAGCUAGCAACUUGACCGAGGAGGAGAAGGAAUUCCCUCCGCCGAAGGUCCUCAUCUUGCAACUCGGCAGUGUCAUGGCAGCAGGACUCAACCUGCAACUGGCCAACCAUAUCCUCUUCCUCUCGCCCCUCCUGGCAUCCAGUCAGCAAGACUACUCGUCCAGCAUGACCCAGGCAAUCGGCCGAUGCCGCCGGUUCGGACAACCCAAAACCGUCCACAUUUACCACCUCCUGACGCGCAGAACCGCGGACGUCAAUGUCCUGCAAGAAAGAACCGGUACCGUCGUCGUCCAACGCGGCACCGAAGUUCUGCAAGUCCCACCCUCCGAAAUCCAGCCAUCCGACGAGCACUGCGAAGGCAACACUCUUGUGUUCGCCUCAAUCCAAAUGCCCAGCCCAACCGAAGACGAGUCGUAG